GUGGGCUCAGCAGAUCAAGAUGGCGGACAAAUUCAAAAAUUGUGAAGAGCCGCAUAUUUACGCACUCCUCUACCUGUAUGGCGAUAAAUUAUUGAUUACUUGAGUUUUAACAGUUCUGUGGCACUCAAUAUAUUGACCACAAUAUGGUGAUUUUUUUCGACUUUUCCCUUCGUUCAUCACGGGUACUUUCACCUAGAAAUGCUCGACUUUAAGACUCGAAAAGUUUAGUCUUAUUUUAUUUCUUGUGAUAAUUGUUGUGGUUAUGAGCGCGGCAAGCUACCCGAGUUGCCGUGGAUUUCUCAGUUUGAUCUUUUAUCUUGCUCUCGCAACACUGACAAUAUGUUGUCACGGCAAGCCAGUGCGCUUGUCUACCGCUUGGCGGGAUGAAAUUUCGCAAAAAGCUUCAGAGUACGCCGAGCAUGUAGCUUUGCCAUUUCUUGUUUCUCAAAUGACUGCCCUUAAGAUCCCAGGACUCAAGGGAUCGGUUAAAACACCACUGGGGAUGGUACUCUAUGACUUGGAUAAAGUAAAACUAAAUAAUGUGAACAUUCCAAAAGCUAAUUUGACUCUUGAGUCAGACAAUGAGCUAAGGAUGAUAGCCAAAGAUGCUUCUCUACAUGUGAAUGCAAACUGGGCAUAUAGAGAACAGCCAUGGCCUCAUAUAUCUGAUUCUGGGACCUGUGAUAUAUCUGUUGGAGGACUUUCUCUUGGGAUGCUAUUUGACAUCAGCACUGACAUCCCCAAGAAGAAAAGUUCCAUGCAUGUUAAGAAUUGCAAUUUGAAUGUUGGAAAGCUGAGCGUCAAGUUCCAUGGUGGGGCAAGUUGGUUGUAUAACCUUUUCUCAAAGGAGAUCGAAAGAGAACUGAGGUCCAGCCUUGGGGAUAAGGUUUGUAAGUCUGCUGAACAGCUCAUUGACUCGAAAGCAAACAAAGCGCUGGAUGCGUUAGCUGGCAUGAUCAAGGGUUUUGAAGGAGGGACCUAAUCCACAGGAUGACUUGGGGGUCACCUAUUAGCUAGAAAUACCAAAAUGAUGUCUUAGGCUUUGUCUUCUUUGUAGCCAUCUAUAUUUGUCAGUCGCAAAAGAAAAUACAUGGACAAGGAAUAAACUAAACUAAACUAAAAUAAACAAAAAAAAAGACAAAAAAGUAUUUUUCUACUUCUAUUUUUUUCUUUUUCUUUACCCAUGUACAGUACAAUAUACUGAAGGAAUGUAUGUGCUACUCAGAGAAAAGAAAAGUACAGAAUAUUGUAAUCCCCCUGCUUUGCUAUUUUUAAGUAAAACAUUCAAUGUCGGAGACUCUUUUGUAAGACUACAGAAAACAAAGUAAGAAUUAAACUAAAAAAUAUG